AUGCUUACCACGAUCUCAAACGGGUUAUCUGGUCUACCAGAGGUAGUAUCUCUCACGGUUAAUCUUUUCUACAACGAUAUUGGCAGGCUCGUCAAAUACUGGGUUAGCAAAGAAAAGGUGCCACAGGUGACGAAGAACGUAUUCUUUCAUAUUGCCGAUUCGUCUAUCUCAGUUUUCGUCAGUCUUAUCCUCUUCAUAGCAGAGAACAUUGGACAGGACUGGCGCGCAACCACAUACGGAAUUUUCAAACCAAACUACGGAGAGUCUUGGAAAGAGGUUGAACGUCGGGUUAAUGCCCUUAAAUCUGAUAUUGACAAGGCUGUGGUUCUUUUGGAUGAUGUGGAUGAUAAGCUACACAAACUUCAAUCCAUCCCGAUCGCCUCUGAAUCAUUCCAUGAUGCGCCAGAGGAUGUGCCAGCGAAUAUUUUUCGUGUCGGCUGUCCCGCUUUCGAGAGACAUGUUUAUAAUGAUAAUAAGGACGUCAAUGAAAUCGCCAGGUACUUCGACAGUGAAGAUACUAUUAAGGAAUUCCGCUCGCUCACUUUAUGGGGCGGCCGUAGAAUAGACGAGCGUUAUGUCUCGUUUCACUACGGCGAUACCAGAAUUCGAAAUAAGGAAUUGGAUGCCAUGUUCUGGAUAGACAGUGAGAAGGAAAGCACUAUUUACUAA